GGAAAUCGAGUCUCGAGUGUAUUUGCAACAGGGAUUGCCUCCCACGACUUAUUCAGUGACAAGUUCAAAUAACUCAAGCUCAGCCAGAAACAGGAAUCAAAGUCCACUCAAUGCGCCCAGCUCCGAGGGGAUCUUUCCAAUCAGCUGAUUGCGAGAAAGAUCUAGCAAUGUCGAUACUUCCAGAGAAGCUUGAAGGCACCAGGCCUGGAGGAAAAACUCGAAGCACUUGCAGUGCAGGACGCUUCCAUUUGAAGCGGGACUGGAGCCAUUGAAGUUGUUGAACGCCAAAGUCAUCACUCACCACACGAGCUUAGGUUCCAUGACUGAAGCGGAUUCAGGAUGUGGCCAUACAGUGGGCUUCCAGCUACAUCUAAUAGUUUCAGCUUCGUGCAAGUCCACAUUGCAGUAGGAACCUCUCCUCUGAUCUUUACUCCAUUGAAGC